CAUUCCAAAACCAGCCAAUUCCUUAAUCAACCAUGAAGUUUGAAGAUCAGCAGCAGCACCGGCAGCAGCCAUCGAUUGUCAAGCUUUUGAAGUUUCAAUACAACAGCUUCCUCUCAUGUCUUCUCUUCCUCGUCCUUGGCAUAGGCCUUGGAUUCUACCUCAGUUCCUACCUCAAAGAAAUCACCUUCAAUUUACAACUCAACCAGCUCUCUUUCCUUCCUCCUCUCUCCAAAUCAACACCUCCUCCUCCAACCUCCAUUUCAGGCCAACCGCCACCACCCUUCAUUUCAGAUCAACCGCCACUCUCCAUUUCAGACCAACAAGAGGAAACGGCCGCCUCUCUUAUCCGCAAAAUUUCAUCUCCUUUCCUCGUUCCAAAUUAUACGAAUUCGCAGAAUUUUACCCAAAAUUGGCUCAAGGAAUUUCUGAGACCCCCUAAAGUUAUGCACGAUAUGGAAGAUGAGGAGUUGUUAUGGAGAGCUUCGAUGGUUCCACGGAUCAAAGAGUAUCCAUUCAAGCGUGUUCCCAAGGUUGCAUUCUUGUUCUUGACAAAGGGACCGAUGAUAUUUGGUCCUCUGUGGGAAAGGUUCUUCCGAGGACACAGAGGGCUUUACUCCAUCUAUGUGCAUUCUCAUCCUUUCUUCAAUGGAACGGUUCCCAAAAGGUCGGUUUUUUAUGGCCGGAGAAUCCCCAGUAAGGAUGUGAGAUGGGGCGACAUGAACAUGGUGGAGGCAGAGCGCCGCCUGUUAGCAAAUGGUUUGCUUGAUAUCUCAAACGAACGCUUCGUUCUCCUUUCAGAAUCAUGCAUUCCCCUUUUUAAUUUCUCUACCAUCUACAACUACCUUGUAAACUCCCUUGAAACCUUCGUGGAGUCUUAUGAUUUACCCGGUGGGGUAGGACGGGGCCGAUACCACCGUAGAAUGAGACCCCAAAUUACCUUAGAGGAUUGGCGGAAGGGCUCCCAAUGGUUUGAGAUGGACCGGUUCCUUGCCCUAGAAGUAAUCGCCGACCGGACAUAUUUCCCGGUGUUUCGCCGGUUUUGCAGGGGUUCAUGUUACGGGGACGAGCAUUACUUGCCUACUUUUGUUACUAUGAAAUUUUGGAACAGAAAUUCCAACCGGAGUUUGACUUACGUUGAUUGGUCCAAGCGCGGGCCGCAUCCGGCUAGCUUUCAGAGGACCGAUGUGACGGUUGAAUUUUUGGAAAGGCUAAGGAAUGCUACAACAUGUGAAUAUAAUGGGCACAUAACUAACGUUUGCUUCUUAUUUGCAAGGAAGUUUCUCCCUAAUGCUUUGGAUAGGCUGUUGAAAUUUGCCUCACCCGUUUUGAAAUUUUAGUAUUUUUCUUGUAAAGUUUUUGGUUUGAUCAUUCAUUUUCUCCUUCAAUUUCAAGUUUAAAUCUUGAAAUAAGUGAGGAGAGAUUUGGAGAAUAAAAAGAAUAUCUCCUA